AUGAACAUCAGUACGAUCCUCCGAUGCGUCACGCUGCUUUUGGCUGCAGCACUCAUCAGCACCUCGCUACCUACUACCGACGCAGUGGCUCAAGCUGGUGGCAAUGAAGCAUGCGGACAGGACCAACGCACGCGUAAGGCUUGGUCAAGUUUGAAUAGCAGUGAGAAGAGCCUUUACCUGGAGGCAAUAGAUACUGCCAUCAAGAACGGGGCAAUCAAAGAAUUUGCGGCCAUCCACGUUGAGCCGAACGGAGAAUCACAAGCUCACCGUUCCUGUGGCUUCUUCUCGUGGCACCGUCGUCUUCUUAUCGCUCUGGAGAGCUAUCUCCGUGACCAAAACCCCAAGUUCGCAUGCGUGACUCUGCCGUACUACGACGUGCAGACUGCGUACGUCCGUCAGGCAGCAGGCGAGUGCGCUAACCUGUACGAGUGCUCGGACAUCUUACAAGAGAUCGGAGGCAACAGAGCUGGGAACAAGGAAGUCUACUUGACCCAGAACGGUCAAACAGCAGUUGGUUUCCCAGUCACGGGCUAUCCCUUGAGUGACGAGUGCGACGACAACGACGUCUGCGGCUACACGGUCCGCACGGAUAUGACUACAAAGCCGGUGCCGUCCGGUGCUGGCUUCGCUUCCUUCUUAAGCAUUAUACGUCGCUCUAAUGACUAUGCAACGUUCCUCGAAGGCAUCCAGUUCGGAGUGCACAACGAAGUACACAACGCCGUUGGAGGCACCAUGGCUACAUUCGCUUCGCCGCGUGAUAUUUUUUUCUAUUCAUGGCACGCCGCCAUCGACAUGUAUCUGCACGUCUAUCACCUCUGCAACUUCGGGACGGAUGUCACGAAAGAGGAGCUGCUAUCUGCUUCCAAGGCGUUUACAAAGGCCACCGACUCAUGCGACGGUGUGUCCGGUAUGGCCAGACCAUGGAUGUUACGGAUCACCCGACCCUUGGUAAAUACUUUUCGCAUGUGGGUAGCGAGAUGUGGCACUACGGAGACGUGA